UAGUAGGGAGAUGGAAUCCUCUGACGACGCAAAUCGCAUCAACGAGCUUCCAGACUGCCUGCUUUCCAUCAUUAUAUCCUACUUGCCAACCGGAGAAGCGGCAAGGACCAGCCUCCUCUCGUCGCGGUGGCGCCACAUCUGGAGCACGUCCCCCCUCCACCUCGACGACUCCUCCAUCUGCAGUGCAAAUACCUCCCAACGCCGAAGAUUUGGCAGGGGCACAGGCCCUUCAUCGUCGACCUGCGAUGAGGACCGGCGGCGCGUCCAGACCAUCAGCCGCAUCCUCGCCUCCCACCGCGGCUGCAUCGACACUUUCCGCCUAGCCCACACCUGCUUCCGAGGCCGAAAAUCCCGCGUGGACGGCUGGUUCCGCAUCCUGGCCGAAAAGAACAUUCAAGAGCUCAUGCUACAUUUCCCCUACGUGUAUCCUGUUAAGGAGCCUGACAUACCAGCCUCCCUUCUUGCCUGUGAAUCUCUGAGGACCAUGGAAUUGGUGAAUUGCCGGUUUCCUUGCACCACCGAGGCUUGCUUGAAUCUUAUCAACCUUCACAAACUGAUUCUUGAUACAGCGGAAGUAACAGACGGUGCCUUGCGCAGCGUGUUAUCAUGCUGCACCGCGCUGCAAAGCUUGUCGCUUUCGCACGUAACCAGACUUCGCCGGAUCCAUGUCCGCUCUCAGAGCCUUCAAACGUUGGAGGUUAGAUACUGCGAAGACCUGAAAGAACUGUUCAUUGAGGACGCACCCAAUCUCGAACGUUUGUUUGGGAGGCGUUUGGCCUUGCGCCAGUGGCUGAAGGUUAUCAGUGCGCCAAAGCUUGAGAUCUUGCACUAUUUGACAGCGCAGAUUGAAAAGCUCGAGCUCGGCAACACUGUCUUCGAGAUGUUACCUCACAUAACACAAGUUAGCUGGAGUACACCGGUGCUUAGUCUUAAGAACCUAACUAUUGAAGUAAACUUCUCUGUUCAUGAACAAGUGAAGGUGCUCGCCGGCUUGUUGAGAUGCUUUCCUUGCCUCCCAUAUUCUGUGCUGUCACAUGAAUUCAGCAAAUUAUGAGGUUUCAGAUUACUGGGAGCCACAAGAUACCAUUGAUUCCCUUGAUUGUCCUCUAAAGACUGUAACAUUAACAGCGUAUGAAGGGCUGGUGGGCGAGCUAAACUUUGCCAGGUUUGUUAUUGCCAAAGCAAGAGCCCUCAAAGUGAUGUUCUUUGAAAACCGAAUCGAUCGCAGCACAAGAUGGGUUAGGAACCAGGAAAUUCUUUUAAGACUUCAAAAUAGAGCUUCCUUAGAUGCUCAGAUAACUUUCCGGAAGAACCAAAGUUACUUCCUCUUUUGAUUACAGAUCAUGAUGAUAUUUUUGUUCAGACCUAGUCUAGAAAGACUCAUGUUUUAGAGUUAUAUAUAUAGACUUUGCUAAUUCUAUGCAGCAUUAUUUAUGUUUUACAC